AAGAAAGAAAGAGAGAAAGAAAUAGAAAACAUUGACCUUCUAAAAAGUGAAAUACUUUGAUUGCAUAUUUUUCUCACAAAAAGGGACAAAAGCACCAAAUCAUACCAAGCAUCCAAUCCAACAAAAUCCAAAUCCAAAUCCAAAUCCUUGAUUCCUACGAAUCUAUCACCUAACUAAGACCUAACUGAAAACCCAUCUUCUUUGUUGCAUAAUUUCUACAAACAUUUAUGACGAACACAAUGCUUCAAUACCCCCCCAACUACCCUAUUUCCUCUCUCAAAGUUUCACUAAUUCAAAGCAAAUUUUCAGCUACGCCUUGAAAUUUUCACUUUUCUCUCUUUGUGUUUGCCUCAGAGUUGCAUCGUUCUUCAGUUUUUCGUGGGAGGAUGAGCGUGUGGGAUUGCUGUGUAGAAGAGGCGCUUGCGAAGCUUGGGUUGCUCCAAUUGCUCAGGUCUUUGAGACCCAUUACACCAUCCCUCGAGAAACUCAAUCCCGAAGCCUCUAUUGAAGGGAAGAAAGAUGAUGAAUUGAAGGUGUUCGAUGAAAUGCAACCAUGGGAUAGGGCCUCUGUUGAGGUUGAAAUUGCAGAGUCCACUGUCCAGAAAUGGCUUCUUGACAUUCCCAGUUCCGGAGAUGAGAUUGUAACCGAAGGCGGUGCCAUAAAAUGUCUUGUGGAUCAUCCUCAACAAUUCAAGAAGUUAGUUCUAUUUUCUGGAAAUGAUUAUCUAGGAUUAAGUUCCCAUCCAACAAUAGGAAGAGCAGCUGCACAGGCAGCCCUAGAACAUAGAAUGGGCCCCAGGGGUUCUGCCCUAAUAUGUGGAUAUACCUUCCAUCAUAGACUGCUAGAAUCAUGCUUGGCCAAGUUAAAGAAGAAAGAGGAUUGCCUUCUUUGCCCUACUGGAUUUGCAGCCAAUAUGGCAUUGAUGGUAGCGAUAGGAAAUAUUGGCUCGCUCUUAACUGAAGGCAAAGCUUCAUCUGAUGAUCAGAAGAUUGCCAUAUUUUCUGAUUCAUUGAAUCAUGCAUCUAUUAUUGAUGGCAUUCGUCUUGCAGAGCGACAAAGAAAUGUGAAACUGUUCAUCUAUAGGCAUUGUGAUAUGGCUCAUCUUAACGACUUAUUAUCAAGUUGCACACUUACAAAGAAAGUUGUCGUAACUGAUAGCUUGUUUAGCAUGGAUGGAGACUUUGCACCCAUGAAGGAGCUUGCAAUGCUUCGCAAGAAGCAUGGAUUUUUGUUAGUUAUUGAUGAUGCUCAUGGAACAUUUGUUUGUGGCAAAAAUGGUGGGGGUGUAGCCGAGAUGUUCAAUUGUGAAAGAGACGUUGACAUAUGUGUUGGCACCUUGAGCAAGGCAGCAGGGUGUUUUGGUGGGUUCAUAGCAUGCAGCAAAAGAUGGAAAUUGCUCAUUCAAUCAAGGGGCCGGUCCUUUAUAUUUUCAACUGCUGCACCCAUCCCUCUUAUUGCUGCUGGCCAUGCAGCUGCAGUCUUAGUGGCGAAGAGGGAAAUGUGGCGAAGAAGGGAAAUUUGGAAUCGGGUGCAAGAUUUUCGUGAUUUGACUGGAAUCCCCAUCCAAAGCCCCAUAAUCUCUCUUAUUGUAGGCAGUGAAGGGAAGGCAUUGAAAGCCAGCAGGCAUUUGCUGAAAUCCGGUUUUCAUGUGACUGCUAUAAGGCCUCCCACAGUUCCAGCCAACUCAUGCAGGCUUCGGGUGACCUUGAGCGCAACGCAUACAAUAGAAGAUGUGAAGAAGCUAACCAGCGCACUAUUGCAGUGCAUUAGGUUUCAAGAUAUCGCUAUUAAUGGUAAUUCUAAUAGGUUCGCAAGAUUGUAGGUCUUGAUCUUUUGAGAUCUCUCAUUGGGUUUCCUUGAUUGUUUACAUGGUUAGGUUGUUUUGCAUCAAUUUUGUCUAAGCAGAAGCUAAAAUUUUGUAUCCAUUUGUAGUUAACUUCAGUAUAUAUAUAUAUUCUUAUUAAGCUUAUGACAUUAUUAUUUGAGUCGGUGGGAAAACUUUUAAUCCCUUUAUUGUUUGUGAUUUAAUCCCACCAUUGCCAUAGAUAAUUGCUUUGUGAUUUUCAUUCGUAUAUUAAUAGAUCUUUUACGUAAA